GCUUGCCACAACUCCCUAAGAUCUCCCAGGUGGCGGCUGCCUCUUCCAGACAGGCUCAUCCACCAUGACUUCAUUGACUUCCCAAGUCAAAGGCUCUCUCAACAUCACCACUCCAGGGUUGCAGAUAUGGAGGAUGGAGGCCAUGCAGAUGGUGCCUGUUCCUUCCAGCACCUUUGGAAGUUUCUUCGAUGGUGACUGCUAUGUAGUCCUGGCUAUCCACAAGACUGGCAGCACCCUGUCCUAUGACAUCCACUACUGGAUUGGCCAGGACUCAUCCCAGGACGAGCAGGGGGCAGCUGCCAUCUACACCACGCAGAUGGACGACUUCCUGAAGGGCAAAGCUGUCCAACAUCGGGAGGUCCAAGGCCACGAGAGCGAGACAUUCCGGAGCUACUUCAAGCAGGGCCUUGUGAUCCGGAAAGGGGGAGUAGCUUCUGGCAUGAAGCAUGUAGAGACCAACUCCUGCGAUGUCCAGCGGCUGCUGCAUGUCAAGGGCAAGAGGAACGUGGUGGCUGGAGAGGUGGAGGUGUCCUGGAAGAGUUUCAACAGAGGGGACGUCUUCCUGCUGGACCUCGGGAAACUUAUCAUCCAGUGGAAUGGGCCAGAUAGUAAUCGCAUGGAGAGACUUAGGGCCAUGACUCUGGCCAAAGAGAUCCGAGACCAGGAGCGGGGCGGUCGCACCCAUGUGGGUGUGGUUGACGGAGAAAAUGAAAAGGACUCCCCGCAGCUGAUGGCAAUUAUGAACCACGUGCUGGGCCAGCGCAGGGAACUGAAGGCAGCAGUGCCUGACUCUGUGGUGGAACCCGCUGUCAAGGCUGCCCUCAAGCUGUACCAUGUGUCUGACUCAGAGGGAAAACUAGUGGUUAGGGAAGUCGCUACUCGACCACUUACACAGGACCUGCUUAGCCAUGAGGACUGUUACAUCUUGGACCAGGGAGGCAUGAAGAUCUUUGUGUGGAAGGGGAAGAAUGCUAAUGCCCAGGAGAGGAGUGGAGCCAUGAACCAGGCCCUGAACUUCAUCAAAGCCAAGCAGUACCCACCGAGUACCCAGGUGGAGGUGCAGAAUGAUGGGGCCGAGUCACCCAUCUUUCAGCAGCUCUUCCAGAAGUGGACAGUGCCCAACCGGACCUCUGGCCUGGGCAAAACCCACACCGUGGGCUCCGUGGCUAAGGUAGAGCAGGUGAAGUUUGAUGCUAUGUCCAUGCAUGUACAACCUGAACUGGCUGCCCAACAGAAGAUGGUGGAUGAUGGGAGUGGGGAAGUGCAGGUGUGGCGUAUCGAGGACUUAGAGCUGGUACCUGUGGAGUCCAAAUGGCUGGGCCACUUCUAUGGAGGUGACUGCUACCUGCUGCUCUACACCUAUCUCAUUGGCGAGAAGCAACACUACCUGCUGUAUAUCUGGCAGGGCAGCCAGGCCAGCCAGGAUGAAAUUGCAGCCUCAGCCUACCAAGCUGUCAUACUGGACCAGAAAUACAACGAUGAACCAGUGCAGAUCCGGGUCUCAAUGGGCAAGGAGCCGCCUCACCUCAUGUCUAUCUUCAAGGGGCACAUGGUGGUUUACCAGGGAGGCACCUCCCGAGCUAACAACACAGAGCCUGUGCCCUCCACGAGGUUGUUCCAGGUCCGGGGAACUAGUGCCAACAACACCAAGGCGUUUGAGGUCACAGCCCGGGCAACCUCCCUCAACUCCAAUGAUGUCUUCAUCCUCAAGACCCCAUCCUGCUGCUACCUAUGGUGUGGGAAGGGUUGUAGCGGGGAUGAGCGGGAGAUGGCUAAGAUGGUUGCUGACACAAUCUCACGGACGGAGAAGCAAGUGGUGGUGGAGGGGCAGGAACCAGCCAACUUCUGGAUGGCCCUGGGUGGGAAGGCACCCUAUGCCAACAGCAAGAGACUACAGGAGGAAAACCAAGUCAUCACCCCUCGGCUCUUUGAGUGCUCCAACCAGACUGGGCGCUUUAUGGCUACUGAGAUCUUUGACUUCAAUCAGGAUGACCUGGAGGAGGAAGAUGUGUUCCUAUUGGAUGUCUGGGACCAGGUCUUCUUCUGGAUAGGGACGCAUGCCAACGAGGAGGAGAAGAAGGCUGCUGCCACCACUGUGCAGGAAUACCUCAAAACCCACCCUGGCAACCGUGACCCCCAGACUCCUAUCAUCAUAGUGAAGCAGGGACAUGAGCCCCCCACUUUUACAGGCUGGUUCCUGGCUUGGGAUCCCUUCAAGUGGAGUACUGUCAAAUCCUAUGAUGAUCUGAAGUCAGAGCUUGGAAACUCUGGAGACUGGGACCAGAUUGCUGCUGAGGUCACAAGCCCCAAAGAGGAUGUGUUCACUGCCUACACCAACCUCAGUUCUGGGCCCCUGGCCAUCUUCCCCUUGGAGCAGCUGGUGAACAAGCCUGUGGAGGAGCUCCCUGAGGGUGUAGACCCCAGUAGGAAGGAGGCACACCUGUCAGAUGAAGACUUCACUAAGGCCUUGGGGAUGACUCCAGCUGCCUUCUCUGCCCUGCCUCGGUGGAAGCAGCAAAACCUCAAGAAAGAGAAAGGACUGUUUUGAGAGCAAUGUGGCCUGGAAGCAGCCCCCAACCCUGCCAGUUGGAAAUGUCCAGUUGUACCUGUGAGCAGCAGCAUGCGACUGUGCCUUCUGUUUAGAACUGUCAUCUACCCAUUCCUCCUCCCCAAGGAGCCAUGAUCUGAGAGGUAGCUGAAUGUUUCUAACCUGGGGUAUGCCAAAACUUUUAAUCAUCUUUUCUAGAGCUUUCCUACCUUAUAGACACUAGCCUUCCGACUGUGGGGAAGCCGGAAUGUCUAGCAGUCUUCCCUCUUUCCUUUCACAGUGUUCUUCUCCUCACUGCCUUAUCGGGUGCUAAGUUAAGGGAACCCUUUGUUUCAAGCUGGAGACCUAAAGGAAAGUAGGAAAUGUGAUGCUGUUUCACCUCUCCUUCAUACUUUAAUGUGACACUGGUAGUAAGGGCUUAGCUAAGGCCAAUGCUGGGCUUACAAGCUGUUACCCAGAAGCCUUUGCAAAGCUUCAG